ACUAACCACUCCACCAUCUGCAAGAAUCAUCUCUCAUGCCCUAUUAGCAAGCAGAGACGCCGCACUCGCUCUCCCGCCGCCUUUUCCCGAGCAUCGUGUUUACCCUUCUGCCCCCCUUUUGCCAAUUCCGGAUGCGGAACCUGCGGCUGCGCUCCGAACGGCGUCGAGCGGGUCGGCGCGCCCAUCCGGUCGUGGAUGGAUGCCGGCAGCGACCGUGGAGGUUGCUGUCGAGGAAUCAGGGUGUCGUGUCGAUCUCUAGGCUCCCCUUGGCGUAGUGCAGAGCUUUCCGUCGCUUGCCUAGUUGGCCCCCCUCAUGGAUGUCGCCAUGAAGGAAUCUGUUCUUAUGUGACAUUGAAUCAAUCAAGGCAAGAUGCGAGAUGGCUAAAAACCGCGUGAUCUUUAUUUUCUACUACUGGAAUGAAAAUGAUAGCACACACUUAAAUGGUAUUUCACUUAACUUCUAGUGUUGGGUUCUAUCUUUCACACAGUUUAUAUGUAUGCAGAGCAAGUCGAUUGCUUGUGGUUCUGGUGUUUAAUGUCAUGUAUUUCCUCAGUCUCGUUGCUGCCAGGUGUUGAGCUCUGGUUGUGCAUCAACUGAACUAGGGAAAUAUUUAAUUAGUUUGCUGAUCUCAUGGUUGGAUUGGUGGUCUCAGACCACAGUCUGGCCUCAAAACUUAUUUUAGAUGUGUUAGAACCAACGGUGGAUGUGCAUUGAUAGGUUACUUUUAAGUUACUAUCAAUGCAGAAAAAAAAACCCCGGAAAUAGAUAGGUUCUUCAGUUUCUGUGUGGAUUUUGAGUGUGAGGGAAUAAUGAGGCAAAUCUACAUACACGUAGGCAAGAAGCUGAGAACAGAUACCAACUAAGCUGUCAAAAGUAAUGAAUCAUACAUGCAAAACAAAACCAAGAAAGCAUCUCCUUUUGGAGGACCAAUUGACCAUAGAUAUGAUAAAGACAUAAACAUGCUUUUGGAGGUACUGCCACAAAUCUAGAUCAUGCUGAGCUACACGUAUGCUAGAUUUAGACUAUGGAAUUUGCAUACAUCGAUGCUAUAAAGGGAUUUCUGACGGCUUGGUUGCAUAAGCCAUAGAGCAUGGAUAACCUCGACACGUGGAAGCAGAUAUAUGUGAUGUGCAGAGAUAUCUAAGUUUUACCUUGAGGCUUCGUGUUUGCUCAUUCUAUCUGCAAAAGGACAUCAGAGUGAAAACUCAAAUUCUGUAGCAAAUGAUAAGGGUAUGAGAAGUUUCUUUCUUUCUAAAUGCUUAAAACUAGCCAACGCAACCAAAAGACCGAAUUGAUGGAAAGGCCUAGGCAAUCCACAUAUAUACUUCAACACGCUCUCUCACGUGUGACGCGGGAAGUCAGCACGUGAAUAGACUCAGAGGUGAGGCCUAUACUUGGACACAGGGGGCAGUACCAAUUUUUGGACAAAUCGCGAAAGCCAGAACUUGAACUCAAGACCUUGGGCCCUGAUACCAUGUUAAGCUUCAUGCACUAGCCAACGCAAUCAAAAGUCCGAACUGGUGGAAAGGGCUAGGAAAUCCACAUAUGCACUUCAACAAGAGCACAAUCCUCGAUGUGGUUUUACAGAAAGAAGUUGGUGGCUAUUGAGUAUUUGAUAGCAGAACGGCGAUAUAGUUUGGUUGCUUGCUAAAAAUGCCGUGAGCAUGGUGAACAAUGGUCUUGUAGACAGACAGAUAUGCCACAAGAAUGUUCACUGGCCAAAGGGAAAGGGAUGUCUCUGUAGGGAUGGAUAGUGAGAUUGUGCUUUGGUAUCUUUGCGGACCCACCUUGGCAGUCAGAAUGAGGGAUUUGCAAAAAAUGAUAUAUAUAUAAGGAAUUUAUCCUUCUGUAUAUGCAAGCGUCAUUCAGGGACGGUACUGACUGUGUAGCUUGCAGGUAGAAAAUAGUUGUCUCCAUUUACUCUCAUGGCAAUGAUCAACCCGGAACGUGCUUUUUCCUGAGCUGUUCCCUGUAUAGGCUUUCUGGUUAUUUCAAUUUCUUUUAUCCAUGGCAGAUACUAUUAUCAAGUUGUGAUGCUGACUAGGGGUGAAGAGCAAUCAUAGGACCAAUCAUUGAAUGAAUCUAUUUUACUCCUUCUGCGAAAAAUCGUUGUUUUUGCCACGUGGUCCAGUGUGCUGUGAUCCUUUUUCUAUAACAAUUGGAAGGAACUAUUGCGAUUUGUUUCUUUGUCCAACUUUUCUUUGGCUGAGGCUCAAAGUAAGCAUUUGGUGGAUCUGUUCUAAUUCUCCAUUGUUCUCUCAGAUUUUAUCACAAGAACAUGUUUGAACUUUGAGGGGCACAAAAAGAUAUCUUGUAUUAUCUUCCCCCCUUUGUCCGAUAACAAUGCGACCUAUGACAGUUUGUCGCAUACAGAUUUUUUUCCCUGAAAUCUAAGGACAACUUUACACAUAAAGGUCACAGUAUCCUAUUGUUAUUUACACGCAAAGCAGUUAGCCAUUAGCUGAACAAGAUACCGAUGUAAGCUAAUCAUAUUUUCAUCUUUUUUAGGUGAGUGAAUCAGUUUUUUGUGUUAGGUUGCUUGCCCAAGAGGUAUUAGUUGAACACCAAUUCGAUAUUGAUAGACGCAGAAUGAGAACACUGCUUGAUUUACCCUUGAUUUAGUCAUUGACUGUGCUUUGCAUAUACGAGUUUGGUACCUUUAGGGAGUUAGGAAAAGCUGCCAUCUAGGCUUAUCUCAGGUCGUGUGGUAGGCUAUUAGAUAAGUAGGUGUUAGCAAAUGAAAGCUCAAACUGUUGUUUCUAUUGUAACUUGUGUGAUUUAACAAAUUGUAGGAACACUAUCUUAACUGAAUUGUAAUCUCAGGCUUGAUUAAUUUCCUUUUGAACUGGUUCUUUUUUCAUCUGAUAAUGAAACAAAACAAAUUGAAGUUGGGACUUCUCCACUUAUUUAAAUGUGGUAUUCUCUGACUUCUUGGCAAUCAAUCAUGAGAAAGUUUAGCAUGUGAGGCUGCAAAUUCGUUUGAACUUCACUCUAAUCAAAAUGUAUUUACUGCAUGUAGAGGGGCACUAAAACAAUAUGAUAUCUGGCUUUAGGUGUGGAUAUGCCAUGUUACUUUACAAGCAAACAGUGCUUUCAUGUGCCUUGAAACUGGAUAUUACUCUCCAUCGCUUUGAGCUGUCGUAGUGAUAAACCAAACCAAUCUGGAGUGGUUCAAACCUCUAAUGGUUUCCUCACACUUGUUCUACUUGAACCGCUGUAUAUCUUAUGAAGAGCUACAGCCUACGGGAAUCCGCAUAUAUUCAAGUCGCUCUCCAAAAUGUGGAUAGCUUUUGCACACCGUGGCAUUCAAAUCACCUACGCAUGCAAGAUGCUAACCUUUGCUAUCCAGAGGUUAGAAUAUCUGCACUUCACUUAUGUUUGGUGGGCAAAUAGUAACAGCCUCCACAGCUAUAUAUAUGCAUCCAAGGUUCAACUUCUCUAUAUCCGUCUCCUACAAGUUAUAUGUGCAUUGUGAAGCUUGCUCUUACCUGUACGAACUUCACUUUGCCACUUUUUCACUCGUUCUUUCAUAUAAAUGGAUUAUUCUAAUUUGAGGCGACAAGCUGCAUCUUUGAAAAAGGGCCUCUUUGAUCAGGGCCACCUUGAUGAGCAAUUUCGUCAGGUGGAGGACUUGCAGGAUGAAGCUAGCCCUAAUUUUGUGGAAGAAGUUGUGGUGGUGUUCUUUAAAGAUUCUGGCAGGCUAAUAUCAAACCUUGAGCAAGCUCUGGAGAAGUACCCCAGAGAUUUCAACAGGUGGGAUGCAUACAUGCAGCAACUGAAAGGCAGCUGUUCCAGCAUCGGUGCUUCUAGGAUGAAGAAUGAAUGCAUGUCAUUCAGGGAUAAUUGUGGGCAACGAAAUGUUGAAGGUUGCAUGGGGUCUCUCCAGAAACUGAAGAGGGAGCAUGCCAUCCUGAGGCAGAAACUAGAAUCCUAUUUCCAGCUGCUGCGACAAGCUGGUCCUGCUGGAGCAGCCACUAGACCUGCCAUGUAAAUACUGAAGAGCUUUUGGCGUUCGCAAAGCGCACUAAUUAUGGAGCAAGUACUCCGGAAAUACUGAUCCCAGCCUCUGCAUCAUAUCUUGCUGGUCCUGUUGGGAGUAGGCGCAACUCUGCGGCUGCUACAGCGAAUCAAUAAUACUGGAUAUGAUAUUUCCACUUAGAUAUGAUGAUACUCGUUUAUAAAAAGAAAUAAGGAGAGAUGAGAGGCCUUCCAAGUAAAUACGAGAGUGAAAGAUGGAAUCGGAUUUGCUUGUUUCUAAUAAAGAUGCUGUUUAUUGAGCUA